AUGAUAUCAUCCCUGGCUUCCAGGAGUUUGUCUCGGAACAAAGUAGCAGCAAGAACGGCUACAUUUGCCAAGAGUCUAAGUACCAGCAGCGAUAACACAGGGAAGACAACCAAACGAUCAGAACCACUUGUGGAGACCGGAGAAUGGGCAGGAUGCCGCCGCGACUUUAUGGCCCCCAUUGGCAUUUCCGUUAGAGGGGCUGAUAUUCUGAAUGAGCCUCUAUACAAUAAAGGCACAGCCUUCAAGACAGGCGAGAGGGAUCGUUUGCGCUUCAGGGGCCUCCUGCCGAGUCGAAUAAUGAACAUUAAUUUACAAAAAGAGCGAUUUCUGCUUGCUUUUCGCGCCGAAGAAAGCAACAUAAAAAAGAAUGUAAUGUUGGAAGACCUGCACGAUCGCAACGAAACACUCUAUCAUCGAGUUUUGGUGGAUCACAUUGAAGAGGUGGCCCCCAUUGUAUACACGCCAACGGUUGGACAAGCCUGCCAAGAAUUUGCUGCACGGUUUAGACGCCCUCGUGGAAUGUACUUCUCCGAAGAUGACAGGGGACAAAUGGCUGCCAUGGUAUACAACUGGCCCCAUAAAGAUGUACACGUCAUUGUUGUCACGGACGGAUCCAGAAUCCUCGGAUUAGGGGACUUAGGUGCCAACGGGAUGGGAAUCCCCAUCGGAAAACUUGCCCUCUAUUGCGCCGCCGGAGGGAUUGCUCCUCACCGGGUCCUGCCGGUUGUACUGGAUGUGGGGACUGACAAUGAAGAGCUGUUGCAGGACAAAUUCUAUCUUGGCGUACAAAAGAAUCGACUGCGCGGUGAAGAGUACUUUUAUCUUGUGGAAGAAUUCAUGAACGCUGUUAGGUAUCGGUGGCCCAAUGUCUUGGUACAGUUUGAAGAUUUCUCUAGUGAUGUUGCCCAGACACUCCUGGAUACCUACCGAAACAACCAACUGGUCUUCAAUGAUGACAUCCAAGGAACUGGAGCCACGGCCCUGGCGGGUUUGUUGUGUGCCCUGAGGGCCACAGGCUCAAGCGUUGAGGCUCUUGGCGACCAACGGAUUGUCAUCGCUGGUGCCGGAAGUGCUGGUAUUGGCAUUGCGCAGACACUCUUGCAAGCCAUGAUGGAGCAGGGACGCACAGAAGAAGAGGCGAAGAAAGCCUUCUUCAUUGUUGACCAGGAUGGUCUGUUGGGAACGGAUCGAAUGGAGUCGCUGACACCCGAACAACAAACCUUUGCCCGAUCGGAAGAUGGUGGGAUGGCCUUGGGAGAAAUCGUCCAGAAACAUAAGCCGACAAUGCUAUUAGGAGUGACAGCUGUGGGUGGACUUUUCACCGAAGAAAUCAUCAGAGCAAUGGCUGCCAACGUAGAGAGACCCAUCGUGUUCCCCUUGUCCAAUCCCACCACCAGAGCCGAAUGCACAGCGGAACAAGCCUACGAAUGGACAGAGGGAAGAUGUAUCUUUGCUUCGGGAUCACCGUUUGAUCCGGUUCAUUUUGAUGAUGGCCGCGUCAUGUACCCAUCGCAGUGCAACAACAUGUACGUUUUUCCAGGGCUCGGACUGGGGGCGACCGUAAGUGGUGCCAAGACUGUGACAGAUCGAAUGUUGUACAUUGCAGCGGAAGCACUCGCCAAGUUUGUCCCUGAUGAAGACGUUGCGCAAGGAAAAGUGUUCCCGCCCAUCAACCGGAUUCGGGAGGUAUCUCAUCGGAUAGCCGUGGCGGUCGUGGAAGAGGCAAUACGGGAUGGACAAGCAACAAAACUCACGGAAGAUGAGCUAGAAGACAUUGACAGCUUUGUGGCCCGCAAGAUGUACUAUCCGGAAUAUGUGCCACUCGUGGAGAAACGAACUAUAACGAUCUAA